AUGCAUUGGUCUCACAUCCUUCUCGCCGCCCUCGCUGGGUUAGAUGUCGCUCAUGCCCACAGCCACGAUGAGCCGAUAAUGAACAUCAUCAGGGGCCGCCGUGGACCCGACGCGUUGCGGAGGAAACGUGCUGCCUACGAGGCGUGGAACCCCCCAUCAGUACCACUGAAGCCUCGUGAGGAAUCUUCGAAAGUUUUGGAGACUCGAGACCAAGCCCUUCCGGCCGGCAUCAAAGUGGGUGAUGGUUCUACGUGUGGUAAAACAGCAGGUGCUUGCAAAGCGGGCCAAUGCUGCUCAUCUGCUGGAUGGUGUGGAACAGGCCCAGAGUACUGCUCGGCGCCGGAUUGCCAGAUCAGCUACGGCCCAGCCUGUGACGGCAACAAGAAGCCCAACGGUCCCGACACGUCGAAUGAUGCAAGGCCCAAACGUGGCAGUGUUCCGUAUGGCGGCUUAGGUAUCUACAGCUGUGUAAAAGAUGGAGACAUCGCCAUCACCUUCGAUGACGGCCCGUACAAGUACACCGCGGCAAUGUUGGACGCGUUCAAGGCCCAUGGCGCUGUUGCUACCUGGUAUAUUACCGGAAACAACAUUGGCAAGGGAAUGAUUAAUGUAGCAUAUCGUGAUGUCAUCAAGCGAAUGGUCGCCGAGGGUCAUCAGAUUGCCAGCCACACAUGGUCUCAUGAGAACCUUGACCAAAUGACUCUCUCCCAGCGCAAAAACCAGAUGGUCUACAACGAGAUUGCCUUCACUGACAUUCUUGGCUUUUAUCCCACAUACAUGCGCCCGCCUUUCUCCAUUUGCGGAACCGAGUGCCAGGGUCAGAUGGCUGAUCUUGGCUACCACAUCACUUACUUUGAUCUUGAUACCCAAGGUUACUUGCACACGGAGCCCAGUCGUAUUAGCGUCAGCAACGAUCUCUGGGACGCUGCCAUGCUUGCCCGCUCUCCUUGCAAUGCUAGCUACCUGCACAUCGAGCACGACAUUCAUCAGCAAGUUGCCGAGACUUUCACUCCCCACAUGCUCGACUCCCUCGUCAAGAACGGCUGGAAGGCUGUCACCGUUGGUGAGUGCCUGGGCGAUCCCGUCGAGAACUGGUACCGCCGUGGCAACCCCGGUUACAACUUCAAGAUCACCGCCGCAACACCUCCUGUUUGCUCUGCCACAGGUGCUGCCACUUCCAAAACCAGCGGUGCUUCUUCUCGUGCCGGUACUGCUAGCAGCGCGGCCGCUUCAGCCACAAGCACGAAUAUCUCCAAGGACGCAACAUGCGGUGGCACCUCCGGAUAUACGUGCAAAGAUUCCGCGUUUGGCAGUUGCUGUUCUGUCAACGGAUGGUGUGGCAGCACCGCUGCUUAUUGCGGUACAGGUUGCCAGUCCAAAUUCGGCACUUGCACCAACAGUGACACCGUAAGCAGUGCAGGUGGUGCAGGAUCUGGCUCUUCGGCCACAAAGGCUGCCUCCGGCGCUCUUCCUUCCUCCACUCUCCCGGUCUCCUCCAUCGGCGAGUGCGGUGCCAAGGUUGGCCAAACAUGCCUAGGCUUUGGCCAGGGCACCUGCUGUUCCCAGUACAAUUACUGCGGUAACACUGAGGGCCACUGCGGUGCCGGCUGCCAGUCCGGUUUUGGUACUUGUAAUGCUGGUGCCGGUACGAGCUCUGCUGCCUCAGCGGCUGCUCCAGCUUCCAGCAACACAGCCAACAAAAAGCCUUCCACUGAUGGCACCUGCGGCGCUUCCAACAAUGGAUUCAACUGCUUGGGCACUGCUUUUGGUGACUGCUGUUCGCCUUACGGUUUCUGUGGUACCACUUCCGGUCAUUGCGAUACCGGUUGUCAGAGUGGUUAUGGCAAGUGUUCCGGCACUGGUGCUGACACUAAUGUCUCUCGUGAUGGAAAGUGUGGUGACCUAGGUUCAACUCUUGGUCAGGUACUCUGCCAAGGCUCAGCCUUUGGUAACUGUUGUUCGGCAUACGGCUUCUGCGGUAGCACCGACGCGCAUUGUGGCACUGGAUGUCAAUCCAAGUUUGGCACAUGUAGUAUGUCAAUCGAGGUCACUAGCACUGAAAGCCAGUUGACCUCUUCUAUCCUACCUCCUGCUAACACUGUCUCUCAGAAACCUGAAACGUCCACCGCUAGUAGCAGCGUUCGUUCUUCUGUCAAUGCCGUCGUUUCCACGAGCAGCAGCCGCAGCAACGUUCCAGCCUCUAGCAGCAGCAGGAGCACCACCUUGGCGACGACUUCGAAGACUUCUUCCGCAUCUGUCCCAACGCAGACGGCAAAGCCUAUCAAGACUGUCAACAGAGCCGGUGAUACCUGUGGUGAGUCCUCUGCCCAAAAGUGCGGAACAGGUCUUUGUUGCACGAGCAGGGGUGUUUGUGCCAACACAAGAUCCUUGUGGUUCAAUAACAGCAGCUGCUACAAGUCCAAUGGUUGCAAGGUUGGAUGGGGUACUUGUUUUUAA